UCUUGAGUUCACCAAAUCCCUUGAAGUUACAAGUAGUGGUUAGCAUGCAGGCUAACGCGAUGGGCGUGCGGACAUUUAAAUAGCUUAUAAAACAAUACAAACUAACUGCGCAAAAAUGGACGAAGGAAUUGACGAAAAGUAAAGUAACACCCCCGGGUUUUUAACUGCAAUACUUAUAGUAAAAGUCGAAGCGCCUAUUUUUAACAUGGCUACUCGACAAUACCGGAGGGCCACAAUGAUGAUCAAGCAGGACGACGAUUCCGACGCGGAGGAGUCCACGCUUUCUUUCAAGAAACCAGACGGUCGUGAGCCCCAGAUCAUCCACAGCGGUCAUUUUAUGGUGUCUUCCCCUCAUACCGAUCACCCCCCGAAGAAAGGUUACGACUUCGACACUGUAAACAAACAAACCUGCCAGACGUAUCACUUCGGGAAAACUAGCACGUCGCAUCUGUCUAUUGAUGCUUCUCUGACGAAACUCUUUGAAUGCAUGACGCUUGCAUACAGUGGAAGGUUGGUGUCACCGAAAUGGAAGAACUUCAAGGGCCUCAAGCUGCUGUGGAGAGACAAGAUUCGCCUCAACAAUGCCAUUUGGAGAGCCUGGUAUAUGCAAUACGUAGAAAAGAGACAGAACCCGGUUUGCCAUUUUGUUACACCUUUGGAUGGCAAUAUGGACUCAGGAGUGCAUCGGCCAACAGAGGCAAUAGCAACAGAAGGAAAGUACUGGAAAAGGAGAAUUGAAAUUGUUAUCAGAGAAUAUCAUAAAUGGAGAACAUAUUUCAAGAAAAGAUUACAGAAGCACAAGGAUGAAGACCUGUCCAGCCUCCUCAAGGGUGCGGAGGAACAGUUUUCACUGUUUGGGGAAGUGUGUCCAGACACCUGCCGUGUCCUCUUCUACCAGGACGAGGACAUCAGCGCUGGAGGACGCCGCAGGUCCCGCAGGAGCCGGGAUUCACCAGUCCCAAUGGAGAUGGACUCACUCUUUGACAUGGAUGUGCUCAUGUCUGAAUUCUCAGAUACGCUGUUCUCCACAUUGGCCUCUCAUCAGCCUGUAGCGUGGCCCAAUCCCAGAGAGAUCGCUCAUGCAGGUAAUGCGGAUAUGAUCCAGCCAGGCCUCAUUCCACUGCAGCCCAAUUUGGACUUCAUGGACACGUUUGAGCCUCUGCAAGAUUUGUUUCACACCCUGCGUCCACCGAUCUUUCCCUCCACUUCCCCCACUGCCCCGUCAGUCACUCCCUUAACCAGCAGCAGCUCCCAAACACAGGCUUCCUUGCUGUCAUCCCUGCCGCUCUCCACAGAGCUUCCCUCUCUGCCGCUGGACUACCGCCUAAUGCCCUCUGCUCCUCUGCCCAGCCAUCUCUCGGUGGCCAACCAGGACAAUGGUAACUCCGUCGGUCCGUCCUACCAACAACCCUACAUGCCUCUUUUCACAGAGCAAGUGAGCUCCUCCGUCCCUUCUCUACUGCCUCCCCCAGCUCCACCUCUCCCAGCAGCCCCACAGCCUCUCGGCACAGUCACUACAGUCCCCCAGCCCAGCCAGAGCGACCCGCCUACUUCAGUAAUAACGCACACUGCCUCCUCCACAGUGACUCCCACUGAUGCAGCCACUACCGUCAGCCACAGGUCCAGUUUUGAGCUGCCCCCUGCGCCGUCUCCACAGCCUGUGGUCUCCAGCUCUGCCUCGCUCGGCUCACAGCCGGUCAACUUCGCCUUGCCCAAAUCCAUCCAGCCUCCCAUCUCUAGCAAAAAGUCCAGACACUCACAGAGACCGAUUGUCCCGGCGAAUCCACUGCCGUCUCCUCAGCUCAUACUUACAGGUCCCACCAGUGCUGUCAUAGUCACUCCGUCUCCUCUCACCACUGAUGUUGUCUCCACCACCGGUAUGGUCAUUGCCUCCUCCGGUAUUCCUUGUGGUUCUGCUGGAUUUCAUAUUCUCCCUCAGACGCAGAAGUCUCCUCAGCUAAUCGUACCCAAAGAGGAAACUGCCACCACUGUAUCCAACAAGAAGACAUCAGUGCAGUCAGCAAGUAAAACGCAUGAUGGCCGGAUCUCAGGUCAAGGGUCGCCACUGGGAGCAGAACAGGUGCCAAGCCCCCAGUCGCCCCUCAGCACCAGUACAGGCAUGGGCAAAAAUGAAAACAGUCAGAGUCGCAGAGUGAACCACAUAUCUGCCGAGCAGAAGAGGCGAUUCACCAUAAACGUCUGCUUCAAGACAUUGUGCAAUCUUGUGCCGACCCUCAAGUCUCAAUCAAACAUUAGUAAUGCUUCGACACUUCAGAAGACUGUUGAUUACAUUGGCAAACUGCAACUAGAGAGACAGCAGAUGCUGGAAGAGACCAAGAGACUGCGAGAGGAGAUCGAGGAGCUCAACACGUCCAUAAGCUUGUGUCAGGAGCAGCUUCCUGAAACAGGGGUUCCCGUCACACGCCAUCGCUUUGACCACAUGAGGGAGAAGUUUGAUGACUAUGUGAAGAACCGAACUCUUCAGAACUGGAAAUUCUGGAUCUUUAGCGUCAUCAUUCAGCCUCUGUUUGAGUCCUUCAACGGGACGGUGUCUACAACCAACAACACAGAGUUGUGUGAAACCACCAUGCAAUGGCUGGACCGUUACUGUUCCCUCCCAGCCCUCCGGCCCAUGGUGCUCAGGACGUUACGGCAGCUCUGCACCAGCACCUCCAUCCUGACCGACCCCUCUCUUUUACCUGAGGAAGCCAAAAAGGCUGCUCUCAACCCUAAAAAACAUUCCUCAGGGUCUUAGUUUUAACACAGUGACUUCUGAACUGUGCUUCUCAGUCGUAUCAGUCUUCAGGAGCCUCCAAAACAACACCUUGCGCAUGUGGAUCUGAGGAUCUGUGGUUUGCUGUUACUCGCUGAACUCCUUCAGAGUGGUGAAAACUGCUCGCUUGUGUACUUUACAGUUUGAGCUCUGUGUGUGUGUGUACAUGCUCAUUUUUUUUGUCCCUCGCUUGCGCACCAUAGAGCACUAGUUACAAAGCGGCCACUUUGGGUUUAUCUAAAUGGGCCGGUCCAGAAAAGAAUAAGCCUUUUUUACUAAAGCUGUGGCGAGAAUUUGUUUCAAGUAAUUGAUUCUGUAUUGAUUCAGAGAUUUUCAAAAUGUAUCGCUAUUCUCUCCUGAAUGGAUUCUGAGCUUAGUUUUUACCAGCAGAUGGCGCUGUAUGCUUGCCUUCAAUUCCUUACAAUUACCACUUUAACCUAAAAUAAGUGUCUAUAGGGAGCUGUGUUUACAUUUGUCUUGUUACAUAAAAGCCUCAGUCGAAUGCACAGUAGCCAAAAAAAGCUAGCCCAGACCACCGUCUCCUGUUAAAAGCUAGCCUAUAGCGCCUGUUAAAAUCUAGCUUAGAGUGUCAUCUGCUGUUAGAAACUAGCCUAGAGCGCUGUCUGUUGUUAAAAAUUAGCCUAGAGCACCUUCUGCUGAUAAAAGCUAGCCCAAGAGCGCCAUCUGCUGUUAAAAGCUAGCCUAGAGUGCUGCCUGCUAUUAAAAACUAGCCUAGAGCGCCAUAUGUGUUCAACUAGCUUAAAGCCCUGUCUGCUUAAAAAAUAAAUAGCCUAGAAUGCUGCCGUCUGCUGUUAACCUAUCGGUUAUUAGAAACUAGCUUAGAGCACCGUCUGCUGUUAAAAACUAGAUUAGCGUGCCGUCCGCUAAUAAAAGCUAGCCUAGAGUGCCAUCUGCUGAUAAAAGCUAGCCCUAGAUCGCCAUCUGCUGUUAAAAACUAGCUUAAAGCGCCUGUUAAAAGCUAGGGAAGAGCUCCAUCUUCUGUUAAAAAUAGCCUAGAGCGUUGUCUACUCAUAAAAGCUAGCCUAGAGCGCCUGUUAAAAGCUAGCCUGAUGAUAAAAACUAGCUUAGACCACCAUCUGCUGUUAGAAACCAUCGUAGAGCAUUGUCUGCUGUUAAAAGCUAGCCUAGAGCGCCAUCUGCUGUUAAAAAUUAGCUUAGAGUGCCGUCUGCUGUUAAAAACUAGCCUAGAACACUGUCGUCUGCUCUUAAAAAGCUAGCCUAGAGUGCUAUCCGUAAUAACAAAGCUCAGAAUUAAAUCAAGAGAGAAUAUCGAUGCAUUUUGAAAUUCUCCACCACAGCUUUAUUUAUUUUAACCAUACAGACAUAAUUGAUUUCAUUUUAAAAUGGCAAACCAAAGGCUGCAUCUCUUGUUUACGUUCAUCCUUUUCUUUGCGCUUCUUGGACUUUGUUACAUUAGAGCUGUUGCCUCUAGCCUUGUGGAUUUUACCUCUCAGGGUGUGUUUUUCUUAUAUUUUUAGUGUCUUCCUUAUUUCAAUGUGGUUAUUUAGAGCCCUUGUGGAAUCUGAUGCUGAGUUCAUCAAAACCUGCAGCACCACUUAAAGGGACAGUUCACCCAAAAAUGAACAUUUUCUCACCAUUUACUCACUCAGUUGGUUCUAAACACCCUUACAAAUACCAGUUUAACCUAAAAUAAGUGUUUUUAGAGAGCUGCAUUUACAAUAGUCUUGCGACAUAAAAUCUAACGUACAUGGUUCAGUCGAAUGCACAAUCGCUUUGUAUGGAUAAAAACUAGCCUAAAGCGCCAUCUGUUGUUAAAGAUUAGCCUAGAAUGCUGUCAGUGUUAAAAACCAGCCUAGAGCAUGGUAUGCUGAUAAAAGCUAGCCUAGAAGGCCAUCUGUUGUUAAAAACUAGCCUAGAGUGCUGUCUGCUGAUAAAAGCUUGUCUUAGCCCGCCUCUGCUGUUAGCAUACGAUGCUCUAGGCUAUUUGUUAACAGCAGACGGCACUCUGGGCUAGCUUUUAUCAGCAGAUAAAAGGCUAGUUUUUAACAGCAUAUGAUGCUCUAGGCAAUUUGUGGUUAAAAACUAGCCUAGAGCACUAUCUGCUGAUAAAAGCUAGCCUAGAGUGCCGUCUGCUGUUAAAAGCUAGCCCUAGAGCGACAUCUGCUGUUAAAAUCUAGCCUAGAGUGGCAUCUGCUGAUUAAAAACCAGCCCUAGAGUGCCAUCUGCUCUUAAAAGCUAGCCCUAGAGCGCCAUCUGCUAGUAAUAGCUAGCCCUAGAGCACCGUCUGCUGCUAAAACUAUUAUAGAGCGCCGUCUGCUCAUAAAAGCUAGCCUAGAGCAUCAUCUCCUGUUAAAAACUAUCCCUAGAGCGCCAUCUGCUGUUAAAAACUAACCUUGAGCGCCGUCUGCUGUUUAAAGCUAGCCUAGAGCGCCAUCUGCUGUUAAAAACUAGCCUAGAGCAUCGUAUGCUGUUAAAAACUAGCCUAGAGCGCCGUCUGCUGAUAAAAGCUAACCCUAGAGCGCUAUCUGCCAAGCUAGCCCUAGAGUGCCAUCUGCUGUUAAAAGCUAGCCUAGAGCGCCGUCUUCUGAUUAAGUUAGCCCUAGAGCGCCAUCUACUGUUUAAAAGCUAGCCUAGAGUGCCUAGAGUUGCCGUAGUCUAGCAUGGAAAUCAACUGCUGUUUUUCCCUCCAACAUUCUUCAGAAUAUCUUCCAUUUGUGUUCAACAGAAGAAAGAAACUUAAACAGGUUUGGAACAAGUGGCGGAUGAGUUAAUGAUGACUGAAUUAAAAUUUUUGUGUGAACUAACCCUUUAACAAAUACCAGGAUCUACUGAUCAAGACUGGAUUUUAACGCAGUUAAGUGCAUGAGCAGAAGCUAGAUGUGUAUAAAGACAAAUAGCAUAACUAUUACUAUUCAUAUGAGCGCGAGGUACAUUUGAUAUGCCUUAAAUUGUGUAGAUAUAUAAAAGGGAGAGCCAAGUGAAUUAAACCCUGUUGAAAAAAAUCUACUGGGAUAGGAUUUUAGGCAUGUUAUUUUAAACUUAAAAAUAAUAUUUUAAUAGCAUUUGAUAGCCCGAUUAGUAUGUAUAUUGGAGGAAGUAUUUUUGUCAGACCCCUAUUUUUAGCAGUGUCUAAAUUUUUGGAUUUACAUCUGUUAUUACAUAUGAAAAGUUACUAUUCACUGUGUGCUCUGAAUGCUUUUUUUUGUGCAGUUUAUUUGUGGAAACAAAGCAGAUGGAUCUUUCCAACUGUGUGUUCCCCAAUCCAAAAAAAUAAGUGUUUUGUGUUCGUUUAUAUGUACAAGGUGUCUGAAUUUGUCAUAUUAGAUUUGUUAGUAAAAUAUAUGUAUGUAUGCGUGUGUGUGUGUGUGUGUGUGUGUGUGUAUGUAUUUUUCAUAAAUUUAAACCAGAUACUAGUGGUGUAAUAGAUCACAAAUCUCACAGUUCGGAUCACAUCGUUUUUUUAGCCAUGAUCGGACCAUUUUUCGGAUCAGCCAAAAAGGGGAGGAGACAAAUGUAAUUUUCCAUUUAUUACAAAAACAGCACUGCAAGAAACUUCAGGUAUUAACAAACAGAACUUAGAAACUGUAAUUUUAUUAAAUAUAAAAUUAAGAAAUAAUCAGCUUAAUAAAAAUAAAUAGAAAAAUAUUCAGUACUGUGAAAAAUUCACUGUUACUACUACUGUUGCUGUUAACACAGUGUAUAAUUCUAACACAAUUUGUACAAUCAAUAUUUAUUUUUAGUCUUAUUUUCAAUAAAUGACUAUUUAUUCACUCAUAAAACUUAGUUUCAUUGCUAGAUGGGUCAUUUUUGAAGAAUUAUUCAGUGGCAUAUUUUUGAUGGCUGGUUGCCGCCACCUAUUGGUUAAGUAAUGUAAUUGCUGCCUACAACUUUCAUUUUUGAGCAUCAAAUUAAAUAUGACGGUGAUUAAAAUCUUUACCAUAAACAUCAGUGGUUUUAUCUAAACUAUAAACUGUUAUCCCAGUACUGCUGUGUUAUUUAUCUUUCUUGAUUUGUGUGUUUUUCAAACAGUGAUUCGAAGGAUUAAUAAACAUAUGCAAAUCACCAUCAUUUAUAAUGUAUGUUGCGUGGGUGUUGAGAUCCUGAUCUUUUAAUGAUUAAUCGUGCAGCUUACACUGAAUGCAUUAAUGUAGGCUAAACAAGUAGUGACAGAAAACACCUUUAAUAACCUAAGAAACCCACCACAUCUCAAAUAACCUACCACAACUCUAUCAUUAUGUAACACAAAUUUAGGAUUAAUUUACAAGUAAAAAUGUAUUAAUCUGCAGGUCACGUGUGUUCCGAACUGUGGGUUGUGAUUAACUGUGAUCCAUUACACCCCUACCAGAUACAGUUCUUUUUAAGCUACUUGCAUUACAGACUGCGGUUCUGUCUGCCUUCUGUUUGUAAAAUAUUUACUUUUACAGGGUAAAAUCUAUAAAUUCACGAUUAUUUCCAUCUAAAUUCUCCUUGUUGUUUUUGUUAACUAUUUGGGAAAACAUACAAACACCUUGUAAACGAUUUCUCCUAUUUGGUUUUGAUUAUUGAGUACAUAAAAAUGGUUCAAAGCCACUUUCUUGCCUUUACCCAAUAUUAUAAUAGAGUACGAACUCCAUUUUCACCAUAGCAAAUUUUAUUUGAUUUUUUCAGGUUGUUAAUUGGUUGUGUCCUUAUGAUUGCAUAUGUUUGUGUAGAUUCAGUUUGUAUGUAAAAUGAUUGUAUUUAAUAUCAGAAUUUGUGCAUAAAACUACAUAACCCAUGAUGCUAUGCAGGACAUUUCAUCAGUCAGCGAGCAAGAACAGAUAUGUAGCUCCGCCCACACCAGUGGAGCACUGCUGAUUGCAUAAGACCGUAAAUAUUUACAUAUGCAGAUUUUGAAAACUUGAGUUACAUUGUUGCAUCUUUAAAUACAACCAACUUUUAAAGAAUACAUUUCUGUAUCGUUUUUAAUUAGAUUAUGCCUUUUGCCAGGCUUCAUGGGACUGUAGUAUUUUUUUCCCCCCUCAUUAAAGCCGUAAAAUACA